GCCAGCUGUUUGUUUGAAAUGUACCAACUUGUGAGGAUUGACAAUAGAACGGAACUGAGACACAAAAUAUUUCCAAGGGCAGAUAUGAGAAAAUUAUUGAUGUUAAGAUUUUAUACUACUUAAUAAUACAUAAUAAUUAUAUUUAAAAGUCAUAGGAAGAGUUAAAAUGCAAUGAGCCACACAACACAAUCUGUUUAUAUUUUUUCACAAACGUUCCGAGUAUCAAUACAGCCCACAUACAAGCUGACCAAUGCUGACCAACAUGAACUCGCGUUUGACACGUAAUGAAAUCAUCGUGUUGUGGGAGUUACAGUAUUCUUGAUUAAGACAAUUAACCAGAUUGUAACCAUGCAUUUUUAAAGUUGCUGACAGUAGGAUUAUUUAUUUUUUGUUUCGUGGGCUAUUUUAGUUGAAGUUUAAUUCAUUUAGACCUUUUGUUACCAACUACUGACACUUUUCAGAGGAGUGAGGUUAAAGUGAAAAUUGUGACAAUCACUAACAACUGAUUCAUAAACAUUACGAAAAUGGUGACUUUAAGAGAAAAACAAAUAGGUGCUUUGAAGCAAAUGCUAAACUUAAAUCAACCACAAACAAAAGCCUUAGCUGCAGAACCUGUAUGGAAAAUACUUAUUUAUGAUCGCUGCGGUCAAGAUAUAAUAUCACCAUUAAUAUCAGUUAAAGAAUUGCGAGAAUUAGGAGUGACAUUACAUGUCCAAUUACACUCAGAUCGAGAUCCUAUUCCUGAUGUUCCUGCUGUCUAUUUUUGUUUACCCACAGAAGAAAAUCUGGGUAGAAUUGGUCAAGAUUUACAAAAUAAUUUGUAUGAAAUUUAUCAUUUAAAUUUCAUCUCUCCAAUUUCAAGACAGAGGUUAGAGGAUCUAGCUUCUGCUGCUCUUCAGGCCAAUUGUGUUACUCAAAUUCACAAGGUUUUUGAUCAGUACCUUAAUUUUAUCAGUUUGGAAGAUGAUAUGUUCAUUUUGAAACAUCAAAAUAGUGACUUAAUAUCAUAUUAUGCAAUUAACCGAGGAGAAAUUAAGGAUACAGAAAUGGAGAACAUAAUGGAUACAAUUGUUGACAGUUUAUUUUCAGUGUUUGCUACUCUGGGAACUGUUCCCAUUAUACGGAGUCCUCGGGGAAAUGCAGCUGAGAUGGUAGCUGAAAAGCUUGACAAAAAACUAAGAGAAAAUUUACGUGAUACUAGGAACAGUCUCUUUCUAAUGGAUGCUACCCAAGCUGGUCAUUUUAGUUUUCAGCGUCCUCUUCUCAUUGUUUUGGACCGUAAUGUAGACAUGGCAACCCCAUUGCAUCACACUUGGACAUACCAAGCAUUAGCUCAUGAUGUAUUAGACCUCACUUUGAAUCGUGUUGUUGUGGAAGAAAACAUAGGACGUUCACCUGCAGGAGGUGCUCGUGUGAAAACAAGAGCUUGUGAUUUGGAUUCUCGUGAUAAGUUCUGGGCUCAGCAUAAAGGAAGUCCAUUUCCUCUAGUUGCUGAAGCCAUACAAGAAGAAUUGGAGCAGUACAGAUCAUCAGAAGAUGAAGUGAAGAAAUUGAAGGCAUCUAUGGGAAUAGACAAUGACAGUGAUGCAGCUUUUUCAAUGGUGUCUGAUAACACUGCAAAAUUAACUUCAGCGGUAAAUUCUCUCCCACAACUCUUGGAUAUGAAGAGACUCAUUGAUAUGCACACUACAAUUGCUACAGCAAUACUGAAUGCUAUUAAAACACGUCGUUUGGACACACUGUUUGAGUGUGAGGAAAAGGUAAUGAGCAAAGCUGCAUUAGACAGAAGUAUAAUGGAACUUUUAACUGAUCCUGAGGCAGGAACCCCAGAAGACAAAAUGAGACUUUUUAUAAUAUAUUACAUUUGCACUCAUUCAAUGUCGGAGGCUGAUUGUGAUCGCUAUGCUGCAGCUUUACAGAAUGCUGGUUGUGAUCUUUCGCCCUUGACUUAUAUAAAGAGAUGGAAAGCUUAUGCCAAAAUGGCAGCUACUCCAAAUCAGUAUGUUGGUGGGGGUACAAAAACUGUAAGCAUGUUUUCAAAACUGGUUUCCCAAGGUUCAUCUUUUGUUAUGGAAGGUGUUAAAAAUUUAGUUGUCAAGAAACACAAUCUUCCUGUUACAAGGAUUGUUGAUGAUUUAAUGGAAAUGAAAACUUCACAAGAAACUGAAGAUUAUCGAUAUUUUGAUCCCAAACAACUGAAAGCCACAGGGGAUAGUUCACAAAUUCCAAGAAACAGAACACCUUUCCAAGAAGCAAUUGUUUUUAUUGUUGGUGGUGGAAAUUACAUAGAGUACCAAAAUUUAGUUGAUUAUACUAAGGGUAAGGCUGGAGGUACAUCUAGUAAACGAGUGAUAUAUGGUGCUUCCACUCUCAACAAUGCCAAGCAGUUCCUGAAGCAGCUCUCUCUUCUGGGACAGGAGAUUCAAUAAAAUUACUAGUUAAUUAUGUAUAGUAUUGAUUGUGUACACAUGAAUUUUGUACAAACAGUAUAUAUUAUUCCCAUUUAACAAAUAUGUUACAUAUUCCUUACACUUAUCAAAUGCUUGGCUGCUGGAAACCACUCUUAACAUCGGAUCACCACUGACAGAAUAAGUUCAAGUCCAAAAAAUUUCACUGUGCACAAAAUAGCAUGUUACUUUGUCAGUGAAAUCCAUAAAGCUGGAUAUUUAAAUAUAUUAAAGAUACGCUAGAGGCUUAUGUACCAUUUAAAGGGGACCAGAAAUGGUAAAAACAUGACAAAGUAUUCAUAGUAAUAAAAAUGCAAAGAGGUUAUGUUGUGUAACUAAAAUUUUCUGUCUUGUGGUAUCUUGUACAAACUCAUUUUUGUCAAAUAUUUAUAUUUUUUUAUACAUGUAAGCAGUAAUGAUCAUAUAGGUUUUUUUAAUCAAUAUUCUGUAUCAUCUAUUCUUAUGAAUAUUUUCUCUGAUUCAAAUUAAAACAUUAUAAACCCUAAAGGUACUAUGUUUAUGUCUUCUUAGGAUAAUUUUUUGUUACUCCAAGUUGCUUAUUUUGGACCUCAAAUAGAUUACAUUGAUACCUUAAGGAAAUAUUUCUGUUAGGGGAUUUUUAUGUUUGAGAUUGGCCAGGAUCAUUUUAUCAUUUCUUUCAUUGUUUCUUGUGGUUGUUGAUUUUAUUUAUUGUGUUACAAAUAUAAAUGCAAUUAUAAAAAUUAUUUGUGAGAGAGGUAUCAUGUGUAUUUUCUUCUUUUGUUAUUCCUUAAGUUUUCAAGACAAUAUAUUCCCACAUUGUAAAUAUGUUUUAUUGCUGAAAAAACAAAAUUCUUUUGUAAAUAUAUUUAUGAAAGGAUUAAUUUCAAAUAUAUUUUUUACUUUUUCUCUGUUUCUGACUCCAAUAUCUUGUAAAACCCAGGAGAAGACCACAAAUGUAAUAAUGCUCUAGUAAAAAUUAAAACUCACAAUUACACUGUUUCCCAAUAAAACUUACUAUCCUCAAUAACAGACAAGAUAAAUUUAUUCAAUUUGUUCACUUAAUUCAUCAUGGUUUUUCUGAAAUUUUUUAGUGUGUUUGUAUUUCUUUUCUUUUCUUUUUUAUGUAUUAUCGCAGUGGAACCCUAUUUUUAUGAAUGCAUAUACAGCCACAUUCAUAUCUCUUUCUCACUCUCACACAUGUCUUUCUCUCUAUAGGUAGAGAGAGAGACAGUUGAUUGUGGGUUUAUGUAUAUGUAUAUAUGUUAUAUCACACACACUAUUGUGCCAACUCCUUUUUUACAAAAGUGGCAUAGGAGAUAGCGUCAAUAGGAGAUAGCAGUUUAGGCCUCAAUUGCCUCAAUUCUGAUGAUCUAAAGGCAUGCAGGGCCCAGAUGAUGCAUGGAACACAGGAUGGCAUGAUUUGCAUAUCUGACAAUUCACAAAUUUGAAUUUCUCUUUGUUUGCUUGGGAAAAAGGUAGAUUUUUUUUCUUGGGCAAUACAUAGAACUAUUCUCAGAGCUUCAACUCACUACAAGUACAUCCUUUAGAAUGUUAGAGAAGUAGAGAAAUCAUCAAGAAACUGAUUUAGAGAAAAUACGCACAUCUCAGCAAUAUGGCAAAAAGAUUUGCUCAUCUAAUUAUAUGAGGUUGGAUUUUUUCCAAGUGGAGCAACUCUAUGUUUGUACUCAGUAGCGUAACGAAAUGACUGUGAUCCCAUCCGUAAAACUUACUAAACUUAGCUGUCUAUGAUAAAUGUAGUAACAUAAGAAAUCAAUGUUAGUUACAGAGUGUAGGCUUAUUAAUAAAAACAGAACUUACAUUGAAAACUAGUGAGGCUGAAUAGUACAUUUCAACAACAAUCAAAGAAGAGUUUGGGUGUUGUAUUUAUUGUUAACAAUGGUAAAGUGCUGAUAACCAAUAAUGGAAAAACUGUCAUUAUUAUUUAAUUUUAUGAAAUUAAGACUGUUAUAAAACCUAAAUGAAUUGCUUACCUUUAUUG